CCUACAUUUCUCUACUGGUGACAUCUUGAUCCUUAUAAUUGGAUGGGUUGUAUUUCUUUCAAUUUGACAUGGUUGAUCAUGCAGUGUGGCUGUGGCUGAUGUAGCUUAUUAGUCUUUGAGCCAAAUACAUACCAACACAUCAGAUUUCGCUGUCAAGUUAACAUAAUUGCCACUAGAGAACAAGGAUUAUGAUUGGGAAUAACAUUCUUUUGUUUGUUCGAUAGGAUCACAAUUUUCUUCCGUCUUAAUCUUAAUUUCCACAGGAAAUCAAAGGAUUGGACCAAACCGAACCGGGUUCAGUGCUGAUUCGGCUUUAAUUGAAUCGGGCGAUCCAUCGAUUAAAACACCCGCGAUCGGUGGCUUAUUGAACACGGUAUUCGCAUAUAUCAUUGUUAUAAUAGCCAUCUCUGGAUCGGAAGAACAAGAACGGUAGAGGAUGCCUUGGUAUUUGGUUGCGACUUUGCUCACUCUCCUCGCUAGUUACCAGGGAAUUUUGACAACGCUGUCACAAAGUCAUGGAAAAUACAGAUAUGAUUAUGCUACUGUUCCAUUUCUUGCAGAAGUAUUUAAGGCGAAAGGUUGUGGAGAGGCAUCUUGUGAUUCCCUUUUCUCAGCACCUAUACAGGGUUACUUGCUCGGGCUCCUGUCUGCUUGUCUUUCCGCUUUAGCUGGUGUUUAUACAGAAUACCUGAUGAAGAAGAACAAUGACAGCCUAUACUGGCAGAAUGUGCAGUUAUAUAUGUUUGGCACAAUUUUUAACAUGGCAUGGCUUAAGCUGGAUGAUUUUAGAGCUGGAUUUGAAUAUGGACCCUGGUGGCAACGUCUCCUUGAUGGAUACACUGUUACAACAUGGCUGGUUGUGUUAAAUCUUGGUUCUUCGGGCUUACUAGUUUCGUGGUUGAUGAAAUAUGCAGAUAAUAUUGUGAAGAUGUACUUUGCUCUUGCUCAAACGCUUGUAGACUUGCCAGCAACAACAAAUUUGGCCUUGGACACCCUAAAGGAAAUUGCUGCUGAGCGAAGAGGGGAAUCAUGAUUCUGUUGAUAGAUAAGCUCAAAUAACUGGAAUCUGUUGGUCAAGUGUGAUGCGUAUCUCAGAUAAAUUAUUUCAAAGGUGAAAAAGAGAAAAACUGUAAAAUCUUUUGGUUUGGAGAACGAGAUUGCUUGAAGAUGAGUAGAGCAAAUCAUUGGACAGGAAACUCCAGUUCCGCAGCGCGAAGCGCUUACAUAUCCAGAACCAUGCUGCAUAACCAAUGAUUCGAGCCAUAUAGCGUCUGGUGUAGCAAGCACACAGCUGGGAUAAAGGGUCUAUUUGUCAAGCAGUUGUUUCGGAAUCAUAAAUCAACGUGUUUAGAGGUUUUGUUCCAAAUUGGUUUUAUUACCGUCCAAAUGUAUUUCUUGGUAGAUGUUAAAUUCAUUCUUACUUGCUCUGAGGUUCCGAAGGGUAGGUUCACACGACUGAAUUAGCACCUGAUUUGCCUUCACAUUCUACCAGCUUGCAAUAUCCUGGAUCAGCAAUCAACACAGAAACAUAUCAGGUUUGAGUUUUCUAUUAAUUGAUGCAUUAAAAGCCAGAUUCAUAAUGUUCAUCGAGAAUGCCUUUUUUCAGUUUCUUGAUAACAGUAGAUAUGUUCACUUGUGCCGAUGGGCAACAUAAUAAUCCUGCGACUUGAAGUGCUUGGGUGAUUGAUCCUAGUAGUUUGCAUCUAUGAUAGUGUCCUAGGGUGUUGCAGUUCUUCGAGGAAAUGCCAUCUAACGACAGGGGGAGACCAAUGCCUCAGCUUCGUGUAACCGAUCACCUUGGAACUCUUCAGGAAAGAAGUGCAUGAACUUAAUGUGAUGUUAAUCCACACUGCUCGGAAGAAGACGAUUCUGCUGUACAAAUUCAUGUUAUCUCCACAGCUGAUGCUUACCUGGAUUCAUCGGAGGAAAUGUAUCGACCAACGCUAA